AUUGAUCGUGAGCGAAAUGCCAAAUUUAUCAAGACAUCUGAAUUGUCUGAGCAUUUGCGCGAACGUCUGAAACGAUUCAAGGAGCAAGAAGAAGAGAGACUGAAGGAGAAAGUUUAUAAGGAAACACUUGUUUCGAUCAGUGUUGCACUGAAUGGUGCGCAUUUGGUACCGAAUGUUGAAGGUGCGGUGCAAUCGCUGAAACUUCCAUACACAGCAACAUUAUCAGAACUCUAUGAUGCCGCUUUUCUGGCAUUUUUAAGCGAUGUAACCAUAGAGUUUUCUGAAAUACGUCUGUUGCAGUGCAAAGACUACAACUACUCCAUCGUUCGUUCAUUUUCGGAAAAAGAAAUGCAACUGGUAAUUUUUCAUCUUAAGCAGUAA